GACAGAUGGGUUGUGUUGAAGACCAUGAGGAUAAUUGCUAUGCCCCAAGAGCACCGGCACUAUCAUCCAAACUCACCCAAGGAGAAAGGUAUGUGAACCUUCCACUCCCAAAGAACUAUAGAUCUUAGCUCACUUCCAGAAGAGAAACUGAGCUGAGAGCAAUAGGAAUAAAAUGGGUAAACCCCCCCCCCUCAAAAAAAGCAAAACCCAAAUUAGAAAUUAGAUUGCUGGAGGCAAGUUUGGGAGCACGAGGAUUUACCAACUUCCCAGAGGACUGGCUUAUGUUUGAAAGAUUGCCAGAUGACAGAUCUGCUAGAAGGUAUCUUUUACAAGAAAGCCUUCCAGUCCAAGAUCAAGAAGCUAUGGCAAUGAAGUUAUCCAUGUAUAGGGAAUUCCUGGACAACAAAUUAUGCUCUUAUAGCACGAAAGGCUAAAUAAAUAUAAUGUUGGAAGAAAUAUCCAUCUGGUAUCAGGUCUGGAAGCCAUCUUUGCAUUGGCUCUUCAGUCCUGCUACAUUUAGUGCUGUGGGAAACUGGGAGGGGGGAUUGUACGGAGCAAGGGAAAUAUAUAGUCAUAACAACAUUCCACUCUCUGAGUGUCAAGGACAUAUUGCCCUGUACCUGGAGGGGUGUGCCUGGGAGGCUUCUCCAGUUGGGGUGGUGCAUUGAUUGGGCCAUGUGAUGGACAUGUGGGUGCUGGGCAGGGACUUGGACUUUUCUAUGGGUGGAAAAACUUGGAAGCUUUCAGAUUUGGGUUUUCCCAGAUGUGCCAAUAUAACAUCUCUAAUAAAAUGGAACUUCGAGGAAGUUCGAGCCUCAGAAUCUAUUUCGUUGGGGGUGUUACUUGGAACCCUGACAUCUGGUUCAGUUCCAAGCUGGAAGAAAGACACUGGAAACAUAGAGGCUGAUGAAAAGAUGGUUUAAUGAUAAACAGAACCACCACCACUUAUGGUUCUGGUGCAGCUGACAAAAUGGAGUUGAAGGGAGAGUUUUUUAUACCUACAUUUAGGCUUUACACUUGAGCUUCCUGUUCCUGUGCAAGAACAUGUGUUCUAUUGGCUAUUGUCAGAUUCCUAUGGGGUCGUGUAGUGGUUAUGUAGGGGUUAUAGCUGGCUGUAUAGGCAAAAGAGAAAAUGCAAAUCCUAGGUGUUUGUCUGAGCUAAUCUGGUCAGCCUCUGGUUUAUUGUUUAUCUGAGCUCCUAGGUGAAGUUUGGACUGCUCUGGGAUAGUGCAAUGAAAUGGCUUGUGUUCUGAAAGAGUGUUGGGCAAUUCCUAUUGUGGCUUAAUGGCUUUGUCCUGUUUUGGAUCUUGAGUGAGGGGGCUGCUUCUAAUCCUACCAUUCUGCAUUUAUUCGGACUUUGCUGCAGGGAGUUUCAAAGCAUCCUGUCUUGAAUGGAUUACCAAAUCUGCAUUUCUAAAAGUUUCUGCUUGGGGGCAAGGAGACUGGAGCUGCUUCCCGCCUCUAAAAAAAAACAACUAUGUUUCUCCAUUAGGGAAAUAUAAUAUUCUGCCUUUUUAAUAUUUCCCAAAAUGUUUCAUUCUUCUGGGGGGUGGGUGCUGACUUUCUACAAUAACAAAGGAAUUAAAACUGCAGCUUACCUUAAAGUUUACAGCUAAUAAACAAUUAUUUCAAAUGCUAGACCCCACAGCAUCAAAGAUUCUGCAUUACAAUAUAGCAAUUGCACUUAGACUUAUAUACCGCUUCACAGGUAUAUGGUUUACAGCACUCUCUAAGUGGUGUACAGAGUCAGCAUAUUGUCCCCAACAAUCUGGGUCCUCAUUUUACUGACCUUGGAAGGAUGGAAGGCUGAGACAACCUUCAGCUGGUCAAGAUUGAGGGAAUCGAACUCUUGGCAGUGUGAGCAGAGUUAGAAUGCAAUACCAUAUUUUAAUCACUGCUCCACCACGGCUCUUUCUUAAGUAUAGCAGCUUAAUUAAAUGCAAAGAGAACCACAAGGAAAACAAAUGUGCAACAGAUAUUUUGAUUUCAUCUUUUGUUCAAAUCUCUGUGGGAAUCAAAUAUGAUACAGUGUUUGUUGUCCACUCUACACAACUGUAUGUCAGAAACAGAUAAUAGAGAUUUGGCAAUCAUCCAGUGAGUGAUAUUGGACUAUCACUGAAUAUUCUGUAGAGAAGAACAAAAGAACAAGGAAACAGAAUGUUGGAAUGGGCAACCUGAGCCACAUCAUGAGUUUCUAUGGCGAUUGGGAACUUGUAAACAAUACAUUCAAAAGGUGGAUUUUCCUCAAAAGGUGGGCAAUUAGAAUGGAAGAAAGAAAGCUUCAAAUUGGCAUGAGAUGGUCAAGAUGACACUCUGGGAAAAGGAAGAUUCCAGCCAUGGAAAAGAAAAAAUUUGCACAGCUACGGAAGAAAUAUGUACUGAAAAUCCUGCUGAACCAAGAAGCCCAGGGAAAGAAAGUAAGAGUUCCACAACAGCAAAACAAGUUGAGCCUGGAGGCACCACCAAGGCACUAGUAUUCCGGCUCCACGCUAGCGUACCUUCACUAGUUCGUGAAAUUUUAUUGGAACGUGGUUGGAUUGAAUACGAUGAGCAUGAGCAAGAUAACGAAGACUGGAACUUGUACUGGAGGAAUUGCCCUUUCCGGAUGACAGAACACCAGAACAUCAAACCAUGGCAGAGGCUCAAUCACCAUCCAGAAACCAUCAGAAUCACUCGGAAAGAUUAUUUGGCAAGACAUCUGAAACGCAUGAAGGGAAUUUAUGGAACCACCCUUUAUGAGUUCAGUCCAGUGGCUUUCAUCAUGCCCAAUGACUAUAUAAAAUUUAUAACUGAGUAUUCCAAGGAGAGGCAAAUACCAGGAAAAAAACUGAGUUACUGGAUCUGUAAGCCAGUUGACAGGUCUCGCGGGAGAGGCAUCCUCAUUUUUCAAGACAUUAAGGAUUUUGUUUAUGACUGCAUGGUAAUUGUGCAAAAGUAUAUCAGUAACCCUUUGCUUAUUUCUGGAUACAAAUGGGACCUCCGUAUUUAUGUUUGCGUUACAAGCUUUUACCCCCUUACAAUUUAUGUAUACGAAGAAGGACUGGUGAGGUUUGCAACAGAGAAGUUUGACCUUAGUUCCCUUGACAACAUUUACGCUCACUUGACAAACUCAAGCAUCAACAAGUUUGGACCAUCAUACAGAAAGGACAAAGAAGUCAUUGGCUCUGGAUGCAAAUGGACUUUUAGCAGAUUUCGGGCCUAUUUACGGAGCUGCAAUUUUGAUGACCUACUCCUGUGGAAAAGAAUCAACCAUAUAGUCAUUCUAACUUUGCUGGCCAUCACCACUUCGGUACCAUUCACUUCCAACUGCUUUGAGCUCUUCGGGUUUGACAUUUUGGUUGAUGAGAAAAUGAAACCCUGGCUUCUAGAAGUAAACCACAGCCCAGGCCUGCGUUUAGACUGUACCAGUGAUGUCAUUGUCAAAAGGAAGCUGCUCCAUGACAUUGUCGACUUGCUGAACUACAAGGAAGCUGAUACUCUAAGAAAAAGCAGAGGGAACAAUCGGAGGGUUUCGUGCUUCAGCCGAUCGCAAUAUAUGCUGACAACCCAGUCAGAGGUCCCACUGGAUUUCCUGGCUUGUGGGAAAGGAAUCAAAUCAGCAACAACUUCCCCUUCUCCAUCGUGUUUGCAGAUCAAUAAAAGAACAGCCACCUAUGGCAGAACAGCUAGUGCAUCCCCUCGUAAAACGUUGACCUCACAAUUACGUGAAAAGAUGCACAUGCCGCAAACGCCAUUAUCCAAAAGCAGACAGAUGCUAAGAACUAGUCAUUCGCUAUGUGAGUCUGUGCAGUCCACACAUUGGUUUAACUCACUAGAGUUCUACACCCACAAGCCAACUAUUCCUCCUUAUUUUCUCUCAGAUAAAGACAGACGUCCAUUCCCCCGUGUAGGUGAUUUUAUCCUUAUAUUUCCUUUCAAUGAUGCAGCACUUGAAGCAUCGAAGAAUGGAAUGAAUGUCAAAAGUGUAAUACAGGAAAUCCAUAAAUUAAUGAGUAAAGAAUUACAACCAGAACCUCAAAAAUUAAAUAAAGCUUUAGUUAACGAGUAGACAAAUGGUUUGAGCAAUUCUAUAUUCUUUUUGAUUAAAGAGCUUGAAAGCUGAUGACAAAAAUAUAA